CGGGCUGCCAUCGUCUGCACUAAAAAUAGUUUUGUUUACGUCGUACGAUUGGGUCAAAGUACAAAGGCUGAGAGUUUAUUCGUAAUAUAAUAAUGUAUUUAACAGUUAGUUUUAUGCGGGCGACUGAUAAUCGCGCUCUGUAAAUAUAUAAAUAACGCAACGUUAUAUUCUUUUCGUGUUUAUUGAAUAACGUGGCUUGUUGAAUGGAGUUUAAUGAAUGAAAGUUAUUUUCGGUAGUCUUGAUCAACACGACACUUUAUUUUAACGGCAUUUUGCACGAUUUUACUGGAUAAACUUGUCAGUAAGUAGGCCUAUAGGUGUGCAUUCCAGGUAACAGGCCUACAGGUGUGCAUCCAAAGGUAAACAGGCCUACAGGUGUGUGCCCAGCCAAGGUAAACAGUGAUUUGAAAUAAAUAAGAGAUAAUGGAUCCUGAUUUAGCUGAUAACUGGUUCUUUGAAUCAGUAAAAAAAUAUAAUAGUUUAUAUAUGUAUGAUCUACAACAACAAGUGAUAUCGGCUGACUGGAUCAGUGAGCAAGGUUUAUGUGUGUCUAUUUCAAAUGGUAGAAAGCACGAAAUACUAGAGUUAUCUCUUCCUGAUCGCAUCUUGGUGGGAGAAGAACAAGCAGCGUUGUUAAAAGAUCGUGAUUUUCGUGUGGAAACUGGAGGGUUUGUGGAAGACAGGGUUACAUCUUUAUCACAUCUACCAAAUACAAGGAAUGUUGUAGCCUCUACAGAUGUAGAUAAUUCUGUCAGCAUUUUACAGAUUGGUGGCGAAAACUCAGAUCUUAUCUGUAAACAACAAACUAUUGUCAACAAGACACCAUUACGGGAAUCAAGUCAUGUUGGUGUUUUAUCCGAUAAUCAGGUUUUAUUUGGAAGCGGAGUAAAUGAUCUUUGUUUAACUGAUGUUACCAUAGGAACAAUAAUCUCACACUUCACAGGUGAAAUGUGCAAAGAAACACUGCCUAUUAGCUGUCUUGCACCACUAGAUGGCUCUACAUGUUUAGCAUGUGAAAGGUCAAGGGGUCAAACAUAUACCAUAGACACAAGGGACAGUAAAUUGAUGUGUGACCUUUAUGCUAGUUUCCAUAGUAACUCAAUUAUUACCAGUAUCCAUAGUAACAGUUGUCAUAACUCUAGUGAAUCUUAUUGGACGAUGUGUGUGUCGCCAGACAUGAAAUAUAUUUAUCAAAUUUCAAAUAAAGGAGAAUUUAGAUACAUGGAUAUAAGAAAUUCCAAAAACACUGUUACUAUAGCAACCAAACUCUCAAGCACCAGUCAGAAGAUCAAUUUAUCAUGUUCAUCAAGUGGAAAAUAUUUGGCCAUGUCAGGUUUUGAUGGAAAUAUUCAGAUUUACAACAUAAAUAAUAUCACCACGGAAAAUAAACUAGAAGCUAUAUUUAAACAUGAAGGUCACAUGGCUAAUAGUAGCCAACCAGAAACCUUGUUAUCAACUGUACAUCUGUGGUAUCCUGGCCAAUCAGAAUUAGUUUUAUCAGGGGCAAGUGAUGGUUCUCUUCAUGCAUGGAGACCAGCUUUUGUUUGAAUGAAUUAAUAGAACUAGUCUGUGUUUAUUAAGGACUGGAAGUAGUAAAUAAAAAUACUGAGAACAGCUCUUCAAUCGAAACCCUACCUUGAAAACCCCCAAGGUAUUUUCUCAUAUCAGUCUAUUUUUAAAACUAAAGUCCUAGAUGUUUGUUUAUGAACCAGGAAUCGCGUCACGUGACCUUUCUUCAUGUCUUGUGACAGGAAAUUGUCUGGAAAUUCUGGCCAACAUCAGUAGCUCCUGGUCAUUGAUCCAGCACCUUUCACACUUGGCCCCAGGUGGUUCUACAGACCGAUGAAUGAUCAGGUGUGUUAGCAAUCUAGAACCACAUGAAAAUGUGGGACUAUAAAAAAAACUAAAUAUAAAAUGCAUAUAAUAUGUAGGUAUUUUAUAAGUUUUAUUCUAUUACAUAUUACAAUUAAUAUGUACAACAAGAGUAUAAAAAUAAAACAUAACAAAACAUUCA